GAGAAGCUGAGGCUGCGCGUGUCCCUUCCUAGGUUCAGGCAGCACCAUCCGGCUCCGGGGAGUCGACAGUACGCGCCGCCUGUUUUUGAUCUCGAAGAAGCCGGUCCCGGGUGUUUUUUUAUUUUUCAUUUUUUUGUUUAUUUUCUUUGUUUCAUCUCUAUGUCUCUGCCGCAUAGGACGACGCUGCUACAGGCGAGCUAACAAACAGACGCCCGGAUCAGAUGGAAGAAAUAAGUUGACUGUUCGGCCGUGGAAGAGUUUUGUUUUCGUCGCUCCGGGAGAGAAAAGGGGGGCGCGAGCAGCGGUCGGAGCGAUGCGGGUUUCUGGGAACGUGGAGCUGCGGGACUCGCUUCGUUUUUAAGGCUCGACGCCGGUAGCCGAGGAGCCGUGCAGCCGAGACCAGGCUGGCCGAGGGACGUAGCCUAGGGGACGGCGCGGCAUCUUCGCCGUCUCGGCGCUUCACUCCACGGCCCUCCCGCCGGAGAGAGAUUUGGAUCUGUCUGUCACGUCGGAUAUUUUUGUUUUUCCCUCUUUCAUUUGUGUUUGGCGCUGAAAGCGGGUGGCGAACCGGCCCGGCCGCCCCGUCCAGCCAGCCAGCCAGCCCCCCUCGACCGAGGCUUGGAACCGCGGCAGCGCUGGAUGCGUCCGCUCGGCCGGCAUGGGGCGAUUUAAACGGAUGAACCUCCCGUUUGCCGAGUGACAAUUUGACAAUAAAAAGAAGAUGAAGGUCCUGUUUCCCUGCUAACGGGGAAAGGCGGGGAACUCGGCCGGUUUGGAGCGGACUGGGGGGGAGGUGGGUCGGCGCUUCCAGCAUGACGGAGCUCCAGGGCCCCGGAGGGCGCCUUCACUGAGGGGGGAAGCGGGAUUUUUUUUUUUUACCUGCAUAGUCAAUAUAAUUCAAUUUCAAUGAACCGAGCAGUCAGGAUAUCAUGAAUUCGCAUGAUAGUGGCUGUAAAUGAAAGAUAUACAACAGAAAUAGAUAAAAAGGGUGAAGUGGGAGAAGUAGGUCAGAUGGGAGAUGAUAAGGCUGAGGGCGACAGCUGCCUCGUUCCUCAUAGUAACAUUUCGGCUUCUGUUUUCUUUAUUUCCUUUAAUUUAGUCAUUUUUGUGCCACGUUAGUCGUGUCCAGGUGACCGCUUGACAGCCACCUGCCCGACUCCCAUCUCCUUUUCUGAAAAAGGAGGUGAAUUUUAUUCCUCGAACCACCACCACUACCACCUCCACCAGCCCUUCCCUUCCCUUCCCUUCUCGCACUUUUUAUUUUUGCUUUUCGUUGCUCCUCGUUUGGCUGCCGCUGGGCCCAUGGCUCUGUGCGGCACCACGGCCACCAACGCAGCCAAGAUGAUGGCCGCGUACAACGGCGGCGCCUCGGCCGUGUCCGCCCACCACCCGCACCAUCACCACCAGCUGGCGCACCUGCCGCCGCCCCACCUGCACCACCACCACCACCACCCGGGCCAGCAGCAUCACCUGCAGCACCCCGGCUCGGCCGCCGCCGUCCACCCGGUGCAGCAGCACGCCUCCACGGCCGCCGCGGCCGCAGCGGCCGCCGCUGCCGCCGUCAUGCUGAACCCGAGCCAGCAGCAGCCCUACUUCCCAUCUCCGGCCCCCGGUCAGGCCCCAGGUCCUGCUGCAGCGGCGGCCCCGGCCCAGGUGCAGGCUGCGGCGGCCGCGGCGGUCAAAGCGCACCACCAUCACCACCACCAGCACCCGCAGCACCUGCAGCAGCAGCUGGACAUCGAGCCCGACAGGCCGAUCGGAUACGGGGCCUUCGGGGUCGUGUGGUCGGUGACAGACCCAAGAGAUGGGAAGCGCGUCGCCCUCAAAAAGAUGCCUAAUGUCUUCCAGAACCUCGUCUCCUGCAAGAGGGUCUUCCGCGAGCUAAAGAUGCUCAGCUUCUUCAAGCAUGACAACGUCCUCUCGGCCCUUGACAUCCUGCAGCCCCCGCAUAUUGACUACUUUGAGGAGAUCUAUGUGGUUACGGAGCUGAUGCAGAGCGACCUUCACAAGAUCAUCGUGUCCCCACAGCCCCUCAGCUCAGACCACGUCAAAGUCUUUCUGUACCAGAUAUUGCGAGGACUGAAGUAUCUGCACUCGGCCGGCAUUUUGCACAGAGACAUCAAACCAGGAAACCUCCUUGUGAACAGCAACUGUGUGCUUAAGAUCUGUGAUUUUGGCCUGGCCCGGGUGGAGGAGCUGGAUGAGUCUCGCCACAUGACCCAAGAGGUGGUCACCCAGUACUACCGGGCCCCAGAGAUCCUCAUGGGGAGCCGGCACUACUCCAACGCGAUCGACAUCUGGUCUGUGGGUUGCAUCUUUGCUGAGCUGCUGGGCCGCCGUAUCCUCUUCCAGGCUCAGAGUCCCAUCCAGCAGCUGGAUCUGAUCACAGACCUCCUGGGGACCCCAUCUCUGGAGGCCAUGCGAACGGCUUGUGAAGGCGCCAGGGCCCACAUUCUCAGGGGACCCCAUAAACAGCCAUCGCUUCCUGUCCUGUACACCUUGUCCAGCCAGGCCACUCAUGAAGCUGUUCACCUCCUGUGCAGGAUGCUGGUGUUUGACCCGUCGAAGCGGAUCUCCGCCAAGGAUGCCCUGGCCCACCCGUACCUGGACGAGGGCCGGCUCCGCUAUCACACCUGCAUGUGCAAGUGCUGCUGCUCCACUUCCUCAGGCCGCGCCUACACCAGCGACUUUGAGCCUGUCACGAACCCCAAGUUUGACGAUGGCUUUGAAAAGAACCUGACCUCCGUGCGGCAGGUGAAAGAAAUCAUCCACCAGUUCAUCCUGGAGCAGCAAAAAGGCAGUCGGGUGCCACUGUGCAUAAAUCCUCAGUCGGCGGCUUUCAAAAGCUUCAUCAGCUCCACGGUGGCCCAGCCCUCAGAGAUGCCUCCAUCCCCCCUGGUUUGGGAGUAGCCCAUGGAUGCCCCUCCCACAUCCCCACACACCCUACUACUGAGGCGAGGGAUCCAAAACCUAUGUAGCAUUUCACUGGAGUCUAGGACUAGCUAUGUCGAUCAUGUGUGUACUGUAAUCUUAACUAAUGAAGUUUUAAAGAAUCAACCACUGCUGUUUGUGGUCUGAGGGUUCAGGUGGGGAGGUGCAGGUGGGCCUGCACUGGGGGAGCCGUGUGUGCAUGCUCAGGACAUCAGCAUGUUACGCACCGACAUUUAGACCCCCACAGCACGGAGCUGACCUGGGCAGCACCCGGUGGGUUUGAAUGUUACUUGAGAGGGCGGGGCUAGCAGACCCCGCCUACUCAGAGAGCAGGGCCGGCUUGCAUGGCGCUACAGCAUCUCCAUCCAAUGGAGACUUGCCACUCAGUACUCAGUUCACGAUGCAGGGCGUUUGAGGGAACUGUGGAGGAACACAGUUUUCUUUUUUCGUUUGCCGCCACACAGCACUGUCACGUAGGGCUCUUUGUGCGAAGCCCUUGCGGGUGUAGCCUUCGCAGCGGCAUCUCUCCCAGCCAGUGUCUGGGGUGCUUGUGUGGCUCAGGCUGUACUUGGCCCGCGUGGCAGUCUGUUUGAGUAUAGCACCAGGGCAGCGAGCAGGUCUAUAUUACCAAGGCGGCAGAAUGUGGCAUUGAUGAAGCGGAAGCCACAGAGUUCAGGUGCCACCCGUGUGCGUCUGGCUUUUUUUCUUUUUUUAACCUCUCUCUCUCUUCAAUGCAUUGUGGCUAAAAACAGACUAGGCAAGCAAUUCCAGUCCUGUGCGGCAGCCACAUCAGAGGGUUCAAAUCCUCACAGGCCAUAUGCCCAAAAAAGCGCCAGGUUCGGAGACCCUUGCGUCAGUCGUAGGACACAGUGGUGUAACUAAAGCAGAGCGGAACAAAGGAGGCUCUGCCCCCUCUGCGUGGACAGAGUGGUGUGCUCUGCAGGGCUACAGGGCAUGCAGUGUCGUCACUUCCUGCUGUACUGCUGUGCUCAUCCCAGUCGACAGCGGUCUCCACCCAGUCAGUAUGUCAGUCCUGGGAAGACGGGUGGCAUCACAGUGACAAACUAAACCCAAAGAAAUAAGUUAUUCUGAGGAGGGAGGUGAGAUGGUUCAACGAUGAGAGACGAUAACUACGGAGGGGUUUAAGAAGUAACAUUGAGCCAUUCCUUGAUGUCAUAAUUUAUUUUAAACAGUUGACUGAAGGUUGAGGACUAAGAUCCCCUUGUGGGACUGCUGGCGUCAGUGAGCGGCAGCGGGGACUAUGAAGGAAAAAACAGCGCGGAGGAAGUGAUGUUUCUGUCCACCGUCUUUCCCCCAGAAAGCGCACGGACACACGCAGCGCAGCACGAGUGUGUCCUGUCGUUUCCAGAGGCUCGCUUUUCUGUGAAUGGCAUGGCUAACAAUUUUUUUUUACUUUCCACCCCAUUAAGUUUCCUUUAUGGUGUCACAAACAGCAGUUUAAUCCUGUCUGCAUAAACACACACAACCACACACCUGUACCACUGACUGCAUCUGCUCAGAAGCACCCUCAGAAUAAAACUAUUUUUAAAUUUUGUUUCUUUUUAGCAUACUAUGGCAUGCAUUUCUCAUGGUCCACAGAUAAUAUGUACAUACGUGGGAAAACAAUAGUAGUUUAAAUGAAAACAUUUUAAAAAAUGGAAUAAAAACCUACAAAAAUAAGACGAGACAGUACUGCUGUAUAGAAGUUGAAUUAGCCUGCACAUUUGGUAGGGCUGUGAAUUUGAUUU